AUGUACCCGAUCCCAGCAGCAGACGCGAGCGCGACGGUCCAGAGGCCGCCGGGACGCCGUACAGCGCCACGAAUCCAGUCCUUCAAGCGCGUCGCUGACCCCGACUUCGUCCUCAGGACCUGCCUGACGCUCUCCUCCGCCUUCCGCCAAAUAUACGCAGGAAACGCCCAAUACCUCAACUUCGAGAGUCUCUACAGGUGCACAUACAAUGUUUGUGUCGGCCAUGGCGGCGAAGUGCUCUACACCCAGGUCGCGGCCACCAUGGCGGCGGAGGUGGAGAAGCUUGCGGGGUCUCUCGAAAACACCGCAUCCGCGCCGGACGAUGAGUUCCUGCGGGAGCUGCUAGGCAGGUGGAAGAAGCACAGCAAUGCCGUCACAAUGAUCCGCGACGUCGUAAUGUACAUGGAGCGGACGUUCCUCGAGUUCAGACACAAGGCGCCCGUCCCUGAGCUCGGCCUCAGGGCGUGGCGCGACGGUAUGCUCCGCCCAGAUGGUGAGGUACGGCCGAGGCUGCGAGCCGCGCUGCUGCAGAUGGCGCGGCGGGAUCGGGCCGGAGAGGCCGUCGACGUUCCGCUCCGCAACCUGAUGGCUGGCGCGACCAAGAUGCUGGUGGAGGUAGGAGACGGUUUGUACGAAGAAGUCCUCGAGGCGCCGUUCCUCGAUGAGGUCCGCCGGCUCUGCGCCGGCGAGUCCGUCCGGCUGCUCGCCUCACCGUGCGGAUGCGGCGAGUACCUGCGCACAGUCGAGUCCAUGAUGGACGCCGAGAAGGCGCGAGUCUCCCGCUUCCUCGACGCCCAGACGGAGGAGAAGGUCGCGGCGGUGGUGCUGGCCGAGAUGGUCGAGACGAACGUGGCGCGGCUGGUCGGCAUGGAGGGCUCCGGCCUCGCGUCCAUGCUCGUCGAUGGCAGGUACUGGGACCUGACCAGGAUGCAUCGGCUACUCGGGCGCGUCCAGGGCGGCGUGCCAGCGAUGAGGGACUGCAUGAAUGCUCACUUCCAAGAGAUCAGGAACACGGCGGGCGACGACGAGCGGUUGCUGUCACGUGAGAAGGAGAUGUACAGGGAGAUGAUCAACGGCGUGUUCCGCGGCGAGGUUUCCUUCCAUGCCGCUCUGGAUUCCUGCUUCACAUAAUUGUCCUGGGAGUUUAGCCAGUAUACACGUUGAUAGCAGGGUAAAUG